AUGUCUUUGUCCCAGAUCACACCCACCCUCUUCCUGAGUGGUGCCGACGCCUCGCUCAAUCAGGCACUGGUCACUCGCAAGGGUAUCACCCUCAUAGUGAAUGUCACGCUGUCACACACCUGCCCCGUCUACCCCGGCGUGGAGUGCGUCCGCGUCGCCGUGUCCGACCUGCCCAGCGCCCGUAUCGGCGACCACUUCGACAGGGUCGCGGCGCGCAUACACAACAACAGAUCGGGCGGGACACUUGUGCACUGCGCCGCGGGCAUGAGUCGCUCUCCCGCCCUCAUCAUGGCCUACCUCAUGAAGUACAAAGGAGUGACGCUACGCCAAGCCCACAACUGGGUCUUGGAGAGCCGGCCCUACAUCCGCCUCAACGCUGGCUUUUGGGCCCAGCUUCUGGACUAUGAAAAGAAACUCUAUGGGAAAAACACUGUCAAAGUGGCAGCUCCUUUAGAACCACUGACAGUAGUCAAACAACCAUAUAAGGGCCCAUCCAGAUACUAUAACCUUAGAGAUUACGCUUCCCCACUGCUCAGAAGGGCGAGACGCUGA